GUGUUUCUCAGCCUUCAGUGCCUCCAGCUCGCGGGAGACCGGAGCCGGUGCGUGUUUGAGCUUAACGGGGCUGUGAACGGAACCGAGCCGCGGGAGACGCCAAUGCGAGGAGAGAAACGCUGUCCAUCCGCCCCGCAUCAUCUAGAGUGGCAGGUGACAGGUUGCGUGUGGACUGGAGCCCGAGGAGUUCCUGCUCUGACCUGGCGCUCUUGGGCAACACACGGACCAGUUUGGCGCACGGCCUGGGCACGACAUUUGGGCGCUUGGAGCGUUUCCUCAAGGUAAAUGUUGAGGACGGCAGCGACAUGUUACCUAAAUCCAGACGAGCUCUCACCAUUCAGGAGAUCGCAGCGCUGGCCAGAUCUUCACUUCACGGUUUCUCGCAGGUGGUCAAAGAUCAUGUGACGAAGCCCACAGCGAUGGCUCAGGGCCGUGUGGCUCACCUGAUCGAGUGGAAGGGCUGGUGUAAACCCACCGACGCACCUAGUGCCCUUGAGUCGCACCUCACGUCAUACUCGCAUCUGUCCGAGGGCGAGCAGGAGGCAAGAUUCGCUGCAGGAGUGGCAGAGCAGUUUGCCAUCGCGGAGGCAAAGCUUCGCGCCUGGUCUUCAGUGGACGGCGACGAGUCUAAUGAUGAUUCUUAUGACGAAGAUUUUCUACCUGCAAACGAGCCCGGUACACAGAGCACAGAUCUGUCCUCGUACCCUCAUUACCUGCGGGAUCUCCUGCACACUCAGGUGUGUCAGGCUCACCUGCGGGGGCGUGGCCUGUGUGAGGCGGAGAGCGGCGUGGGCGCUGACCUUUCACCUCCCGUGGAGUCGCCGGGGUCGCCGUCGGACACGCUCUGCUCCAGCAUGUGCAGUUUGGACGAGAGACACCCGUUGCUUCGGGAUCUUGGGCGUCACACGGACACGCCCGCCGCCGACCUCACCGCCAAGAUCCUCGGUGCUCUUCAGGGAGGGGAGGAGCUCCUGUUAGCCCGCCUACACAGGGCGGGGCACAGGCGAGGCCUCUCCCCCUGCUGCUUGGAAACGUUUUCAGAGACGUUCAGAGACGAGGACAUGCCUUGUAAGGACUGCGGGGGUGGAGUCUGCCUCCCGCCGGAAUAUUCCACGCGGAGGAAGGUGUCGGAUGUGGCUUCGUCCGGCGUCGUCUCACUCGACGAGGAAUACGUAGAGGAAGAAGAGGGAGAAGAGCAGUGAACAUUGCAUGUUUCUUUUGGACUCCACCCACAAAUUUGCAUUCGGACUCCACCCUUUGAUUUGCAUUCAGGCUCCACCCACUAAUUUGCAUUCAGAAUCCACAUAUUUUGUAUUUGGGCUCUGCCCACUUUUUUGCAUUUGGACUCCGCCCGUUGAUUUGCAUUCGGACUCCCCCUGCUGGUUUGUAUUCAGGCUCCACCCACUUAUUUGCAUUUGGACUCCACCCGUUGGUUUGCAUUCGGGCUCCGCCCACUUAUUUAUAUUUUGGGUGCCAGUUGCUCUUGUCUCUUGGAAAACACUGAAUCUUUCGUUCUCAGGCUCAUGAAAAACAUGCAUCUUGACGAAGUAAACGGAGGAACGCAAGACUGACGUCGACCUCAUUAUCAUGCAUGUGUCGCGCAAGUGCCGGACUGAGCGCGAAGUCCUGGACGUCCAGUUGUUUCGCACGGUUUGUGGAUUUGGCUGUUAUGUAUUCCUGCUCCUCAUGUGACAUCAGGCCCCAUUGCAUUCUGGGUCUUGAUCACAUGACGCCUGUUCCCUGGUCCCUGGUUGGCAUGGCUUGCUGAUUACGUCAAAAACUCACCGUCGUUUACGAAGCGACGCACGAAUGCCGAAUGUUUAUACCAUGACAUAGAAUGCGUAAGAAUACAGACGAUCAAGUUAUGCUGUUUUUCUAUUAUUAUAAAUUUUGAAUAUAUUAUUGAAUGGAAUGUUUGUUUUUGCCUGUUUUAAAGCAUUUUCGUCCUCAGACGGACGCGAUGAAUGUUUCGGAGUUGAUCCAGUGUUGGUGACUUGUAAAUGUGGGUCAGUUUGAAGGACUUUGGGAGAGUUGCUCUAUUUUUGUACGUGUGGUUUUUGCGGUGAAUUUGGAGUAAGUGAGUAACGCUGUGGUUUGUUCACAAGAUGCUUGUUUAUUGCUUUCUUUCUCUCUUUCUGUCUCUGAAUUAUCACUGUGUGAUAUUGUCUACAUCAGGAAAAAAAUAAUACUAAUGUGAAAACGAAAUGAA